AUGGGAGGAUUAAACCUGACCGGAAACCCAAACCCAUCCCAAUCCAAGGUUAUUACCCACAGGGUUACCUCGGGUAGGAGUUGUUUUACAGCAAAAGGACAUUCAUUCUGCCUUCAAAAGAGUUCCAGAGGAAAUAUUACCAGAGGAUUCCAAAUGGCUUUGAAGGGCAACUGGACAGUUUUCUUGUGGUUUGCAGUGUUCUUGGUGACGUAUGCCAAACAUGUCAAGAAAGAUGAUAAAGAAGGAAAGCUGAAAGACGAAGUACUUCCAAAGGUUUUUGAAAACGUGGUAUACAAGGGGAGGACUUUCGAUUGCGAUGAUUUUCAUACUACGGAUAAUUUUGGUCAAUAUUGCGGGUGUGUGUUUCUAGCUUGUACCGGAAGUCAGGAUUGUACCACAACCCAAGGACGGCACUGGGCUAUUAAAAAUAACGACUAUGAUCAUUUAGCUAUGACAGGACACGAUUGUGGAUGUCACGAGCAUAAGUAAUCACCCGUGUAAAUGAACAUUACACCUGUAUUGUGCUAAGAGCUAACACGUAUCGGUAUCUUAAGCGACUCUCAGUUUCGCCAUGGAAUCUCUAAAUUAUGAGAAAUCUUGAAAUAAUUUCUUGAUAGUCUAAAAAACUUCAAAGAGUAAGAAUAAACGAAAAAGUAAUAAAGAUGGUUUAUGAUAGAAUGAUGAGCUUGCAAAAUUCAAGCAGUAAAUUAUGCAAUACCUACGAUUCUGAAUGAAGCAAGAAAAAUAUACCUUGGUAAAAUGUAACCUUGGUAUUUGACUUCUGAAUAAUAGACUUAA